AUGGCGCUCUCCGUCUCCUCCCUCGCCUCGGCCUUCUCCCACCUCUCCCUCCCCUCCACCUCCGCUCCCCACCCGCUCCCUCUCCUCCGCCUCCACCCCACCACCCGCCGCGCCGCUCGCCUCGUCCUCUUCGCCUCCGGGGCCGACGCCGCCGAGCCGGUCCUCGAGGCGGAGGCGCCUGCCGCCGACGACGGGCCCGAGGAGGUGCUCGCGGUCGAGGCGGAGGAGGACGCGCUCUCCGGGCUGGCGCUGCGCAAGUACGUGAAGCAGCGGCUGCCCGGGGGAUUCGCCGCGCAGCGGAUCACCGCCACGGGCCGCCGGAAGAUGGCGUCCGCCCGCGUCGUCCUCCAGGAGGGCACCGGGAAGGUCUUCAUCAACUUCCGCGACGCCAAGGUGGUUGAGUAUUUGCAAGCGAAUCCGAUGUGGGUGGAGUAUUGCAAGAUCCCCCUGGUGACUCUAGGGUUUGAGAACAACUACGACGUCUUUGUGAAAGUUCAGGGAGGCGGCCUCUCAGGCCAGGCCCAGGCGAUCUGCCUCGGCGUGGCGCGUGCCCUGCUGAAGAUCAGCCCUGCCAACAGAGUCCCUCUGAGGUCAGAAGGCUUGCUGACGAGAGACACUCGCGUCGUCGAAAGGAAGAAGGCGGGUCUCAGGAAGGCGCGCAAGCGUCCCCAGUUCUCCAAGCGUUAA